CAUAAUACAUAAUACUAUCUUUCUUUUCCAUGGCUCUACUAGCCCUCUACUUGUCAUAUCUUUUCUCCUUUGUCCUCUUAGCCAUUGUUGUACAAAAAGUAGGAAAGAAGCUCAAAAAAACAGACUCAACUUUUAACCUCCCAAAAGGGCCUAGAAAGCUACCUAUUAUAGGAAAUAUACACAAUCUUCUAAGCUCUCAACCCCAUAGAAAAUUAAGUGACUUGGCCAAAAAAUAUGGACCCUUGAUGCAUCUUCAACUUGGAGAAGUUUCUACUAUUGUCAUUUCAUCAGCUGAGUUUGCAAAGGAGGUUAUGAAAACCCAUGAUAUUCACUUUGCAACAAGGCCUAAAGUCCUAGCUAUCGAUAUAAUGUCUUACAAUUCCACAAGUAUCUCUUUUUCUCCUUAUGGUGAUUAUUGGAGACAGGCACGUAAAAUUUGCACAUUGGAGCUUUUAAGCCUAAAAAGGGUCAACUCAUACCAACCGAUUAGAGAAGAGGUUUUCUCCAAUCUUAUCAAGUCGAUUGCUUCAGAGAAUGGAUCGCCAAUCAACUUCACUGAAGCUGUACUUUCUUCGAUAUACACAAUUGUUUCAAGGGCUGCCUUUGGCAAUAAAUGCAAAGACCAAGAAAAAUUUAUAUCAGUGGUAAAAGAAUCUGUAAAGAUUGCAGCAGGUUUUGACUUGGGAGAUUCGUUUCCUUCUUCUAAAUGGCUUCAAUAUGUUACCGGUUUGAGGCCUAAGAUUGAGAAAUUUCAUCAACAAACCGAUGAGAUAUUAGAGAACAUCAUUGAUGAACAUAAAAGGGAAAAGUACACAAAAGUCAAAGGUGAUCAAGGUGAGGUAGCAGAAGAUCUGGUAGACAUUCUCUUAAAAUAUGAGGAUGGUAGUGACCAAGAUUUCUCAUUAACAAAAGACAAUAUCAAGGCCAUAAUCUUGGACAUUUUCGGUGGUGGAGGUGAGACAUCAGCAAGCACCACAGAUUGGGCAAUGAUAGAAAUGAUAAGGAAUCCAAGAAUAAUGAAGAAAGCACAAGAUGAAGUGAGGGAUGUUAUAAAAAUGAAAGGACGGGUUGAUGAAAAAUGCAUAAAUGAACUCAGUUAUCUGAAAUCAGUUGUCAAAGAAACCCUUAGAUUACAUCCUUCAGUACCUCUUUUGCUACCAAGAGAAUGUGGUAAAGCAUGUGAGAUACAUGGUUAUCACAUACCAGUUAAGACUAAGGUGAUAAUUAAUGCUUGGGCAAUCGCAAGAGAUCCAAACUACUGGACUGAACCAGAGAAGUUUUAUCCAGAGAGAUUCAUUGACAACGGUAUUGACUAUAAAGGGAGUAACUUCGAAUACAUUCCUUUUGGUGGUGGAAGAAGAAUAUGCCCUGGGAGUACAUUCGGUUUGAGAAAUGUUGAGUUGGCCCUUGCGAUGUUGUUGUAUCAUUUUGACUGGAAGCUUCCCGGUGGAAUCAAAUGUGACGAACUGGACAUGACUGAGCAAUUUGGAGUCACAAUGAGGAGAAAAGAUGACCUUUUACUAUUGCCUUUUGUUUAUCAUCCUUUGAAUGUCAGAUGAGCUUCAGAAGAAGAAAAUGAAACCUACUAUCAGUAUAAGAUUUAUAAAAAAUGAAGAUUGUGCAACUUACCAAAUGUUUUCUAGAUUGUAUUUUGUCUGUAUUGUUUUCAUUCAUGCUUAAUUUCAUCUCCAAUGAAAAAAAAUCAAAUUAGUCCCUCAAUUUAGUCUU